AUAUAUAGAAACUCACACAUAUCGUAGGACCGUGUAUUUAAAUCAUUUUUUUUCGAAUAGAAAUAGCCUUUAAAUAAAAUAUCCUUUCUUUAAAUAGUUAUAAUUACCUAGUAAAAUUAAUUAAGAUCAAUUUUUAUUGAAUAUCAUAAAGUUGAAACAAUUUUCUGUAUGUAUUCUGCAUUGAUACUAAGUUAUGUAGCCCCGUUUAUCUUUUAGGUUAACUUUUAACUUCAAAUUUAUCAUUUUUUUAAAUAGAUUAUAUGUCAUUAUUUAUUACGUUAAAUAAGUAAAAUAAAUAAUGAAAUUAUAAAAUUUUUUGAUUAAAUGUAAGAAGAAGAUAAACAUAUUUAUCAAAUAUUUGACGUUUUCAUGAAUGAAAACAAAGAUCUACCCAGGGCGCGGGAACAUACACGGUUGGUUUAUGGAUAUCUAAAAACAAAAAAAAACGAUUACAAAUUAACACAAUUUUUUAUUCCUGAUUUUCUUCUCAAUAAAAACCAAUUUCCAGUUUCCAAUAAAAAAACUAAUAAUAAAUUAAAAGCCGAUUAAUUUUGCUUUGUCAUAAAAGGUUUACAUGGCAUUUAAAGAACAAUUUACAUGAAUUUAUAUUAUCUAUUAUAAUUGUUUAAAAUUGGUGGCUAUUAUUAUCUCUAAAAAAACUUACAAUAACGUGACGAUUGCAAAUUCUGCCUUUUAACGUUUUUUAAUACUGCAUUAAUAAUUUCUAUAAUUAUUUAACGUGCAUUGGAUGAAAAAAUAACGCCAAAAAGAUGUUGCUAUAUACAUUAAUUGGAGGUUACGUUUUGACAUCAAUGAUAUUAUUUAAAUAUCCAACAUUACUUCAUAAAAAGAAGAAAAUUAAAUUUAAUUGUCAUCAUAUCAGUCAUAGAGGUGGAGCUGGAGAAAAUUAUGAAAAUACCAUGGCUGCAUUUCGACGAGCAGUGGCUAUCGGUACUGAAAUGUUAGAAUUAGAUUGUCAUCUUACCAAAGAUGGUAAAGUGGUUGUAUCGCAUGAUCAAAAUUUAUUGCGUAGCACUGGUACCAAUAAGAACAUCUCAGAUUUAAAUUACAAAGAAUUGCCACCAUUGAAACCACGUCUUCCUAUUGAUUUUGAUCCAGACAUGGAAUUUAUUGGUUCUGCUAAUGAAGAUGAAAGACGUUUUCCUUUAUUGAGAGAAGUAUUCGAGGAAUUUCCAACUAUUCCUAUCAAUAUUGACAUAAAGAUAAACAACGAUGAACUUAUAAAAAGAGUAUCUGAAUUAAUUAUUGAAUUUCAACGAGAGGAAUAUACAGUUUGGGGCAAUUUUAGUGAUGAAAUAACACGUAAAUGUUACAAAAUGAAUCCAAGUGUAAAUCUAUUAUUUUCUAUGCGACGUGUCACAAUGCUAUUAUUUCUCCUAUAUACUGGAUUGUUACCAUUUGUACCAUUAAAGGAGACACAUUUAGAAAUAUUUUUACCUUCUAUUUAUUUACGACGCAAGAAUAGAUCAAACCCAACGAUCUUUCCAUUAGAAAAACUAGUUGUACGCACUAUCAAUUUACUGUUAAUGAGACCAUGCUUAUUUACACAUUUAAGAGCACGUGGAAUACAUGUAUACUUUUGGGUUUUAAACAAAGAUGAAGAAUUUAAGAAAGCGUUCGAUCUUGGAGCAACAGGAGUAAUGACAGAUUAUCCUACAAGAUUAAAGUUAUUUUUGGAUAAUUAUGCUUUAGAAUAAUAUUUCCUAAUUUCUAUAAUAGGAUUAUGAAAUUGAUAUAUCAACAAAUAUCUACUUAUUCGUAUUAGUGCAUCAAUAAUGUAUGUUUAAUUUUCUAUAACAAAAGAAAAGUAUUUUGAAUUUUAAAUUCUAUGCACUAAUACUAAUUUCAAAAAUUUAAUUAUACCUUGAGCAAAUGCAACCUGAACGCACUUUAAACCGCACAGCACAUUUUAAUGCCAAAGUAACAAUUUAUAUAAAUUUAUAGGACUAUUAUAUAAUAUGUAUUUAUUUAAAAUUAAUAUUUCUUGCUAUUGCG